GCCGUACACCACCAUUAUCGGUUCAUCCAUCUCCCUAUUACCACUACUGCUUCCCCAGCCCACCUUCUCGACCAUCAUCAUCAUCACCAUCAACCUUCCAUCCAUCAAAACAACACGACCGCCAAAAACUUCUCACUGUCGCCAUCUUUGUUGUCGCUGGAACAGAGCCACACCGUCAGCACUCAUCCUUCAUCGCCAUUAACUUUGUCCAUCCUUUCCUUGCCACACGAAGUUUCCCGUCGCUAUCAUCGUCGAUCAGAUAGCUACCACGAUACUAGCAACAGUUUCCAUCGAGAGUCUCUUCCUCUGUCUCUCGAACCAUAGCUUUGACGAGGAAGACGUGGGGUCAUCCAAUGUCGACCU